AUGUCGCAACAACCGAACGAGCCCCCUGUACGAUCUUCAAUGUCUCCGGUGAAUGGACGACCACGAGACCGAUCCUCGGAAACAGCGUCGCCUUUUCUCCGAUCCGAUGGAGGUUCAUUUCGCCAGACUUCGUCCGGAAAGAACGACGGCCAAGCGAGCGUGGAGUUGGAGGGUAGUACACUGGGCAGCAGUUCCCGUGAUGGAAAUCGGAGGACACCGAGCCAGCGGAGAACGCAGAGCUCAGGGGGUUUCCUGCUUGACUCGUUACCUCGUCCGCGAAGCACAAGAGUUAGCCUGCAUCGCCCUCGCCCCUCGGAACCCCCUCAAGAGAAGCGCAGCGUUCCAGAACCGGAUAUUGUGGUACCCAAGAAACGCUCGAAAUUUCCAUGGAUCCGGCAUAAGCAUCAUGCAUCUAUAUCAAUCCCAGAUGACUCAAGUUCAAACCCGAAUAGUGCUUGGCAACCUUCUACGACUCCUGAUAGACAGCCCUCCGGAAACCCCUCGCAGCCUGAGCUACGGGAAGACAAUGUGACACAUUCAACUCCUGGCCUUGAUAGGGACUCGAUCCAGAUUGUGAAUCUAGCCUUGAAUCUUAAUGAAUCUCGGAGGAGGACAGCCUCUGGAAUACCCCUUGGCCCUGAGAGCCGAAGACCAAUAUCUGUCUCCCAACCCACUGUUCCAACAGUGAACGGCUAUGCGUAUUCUCCACGAGCGAGGGAGUUUCAGCGUGAAUCGCCGUAUCGCAAUUUUACCCAGGUCUCUGGUAGGCGUCUGUCACAUGGGACACUGCCGAGCUUAGACCAAUCAUCUGUUGUGAAUUUGUUGCCUCCAUCCGCGAUUGAGGAUCAGAGAGCAUAUGAAUUCUCCGAAAGCACUUUGGCUCGUGCUGAGAGAGCACGGAAUCAUUUUGAUCUAUUUCAUGAAUAUAUGCGGCUACUGCCCUCAUUACCACCUCUUCGAGAUGCAGUCACGGCUGAUGCUGAGUCUAAACCACAUAGAUCCAACCGUGGUUAUAACCCGCUUCAAAUGAUUCGCAACCGAAAAGUUAGGUAUCGCGAGAAAUGCUCCAUCGACGCAGAUGCCGAAGGAUGGCACGACGUCGAAAGAGUCCAUCAAUGGAUCAAUAACGUCGAGCAAAAAUACAGUCAUAGAGAGUAUGACCCAAUAGAUUGCUUAAAGCUGCCACCUUUCCAACAAGAUCGCCGCCAUGUGUCUAUCGGGGAACAUGAAGGUAUGGAUAUGAUGCCUACCUCUCCGGGGUCGAGCUUGCGGCGAGUCAGCCGAACCAGCAGCACGAAGGCCCGUCGACCACGAAUUGAUUGGAAGAUCUCACCGGCAGAGCUUCUGGCCGAUGCCGCAUGGCUGGAAUAUGGUGCCAACAAGACGAAGGUGGUCGACAAGGAUGGCUGUAGACUAUACCCUAACCCCAAAGAAUUAGUUAUCAUGGACACAGGCGAUGACAUCGGGACGCCUUCUAAGCAGAAGCGCCUUUCGGUCGAAGUGCGAGAUCCUGGAGAGGGACAUUCGUCACCGCGCACUUCUCUCUCCAGUUCUCACCCUGCAUUGGCGCAAGAGUUCAAGAGCGUGGGUCGUGGGCGGCACAGGCACAGAUUUCGAAGUCAUUCGCACAGCUUACGCAGCCGUAGUGCUUCGAGCAAACGAAAGCCGUCACGAUGGGACCAUGGCAAAAUGCGUUCGGGCAGCGUCUCGAGCUCUUCAAGCUCAGAUACCCGCCCUUCCGUCGAUGAGAAGCCUCGCAUGUCUCGUGAACAUAUCCGCGAUCACGUUCAAAGAUUCGUCGAAAACGCACAAUCAGCAUCUCGGACAUCGCGCGCCAAAUUCCCCGAUGUUCGUAACGCUGACAUUGAUCGGGGAAGGACACCACAGCCAACUGAGCCAUUGUCGGUCAACAAGAAGCAAGCCCGCAAGCGCAUGAAAGACUCUUUCUCAUCGGCGGGUAGUCUUGAUGACCGGCACGAUCUUCGUGUGUCCCUAGAGGGCAUGGAUAGUACUGCGCCCAACUCUCCCGCUCGCAUUGGCUACUUCCCGAGCAUAGCAGUCAAUCUGUCACCCCCCUCAAGUCGAUCUCCCUCGCCCGCAAAGAAGGGUCUCCGCCACAAGAUUGCUUCACGCCACGAGCGUAGCAAGAGCAAACAAGCAGAUCGAGAGCGAGAGCGGGAAGAUGAAUUGCCGGAACCCGAGACUUUGCGUCAGCGAAAUCUGACGGCACUGACGGAGGGUGCCUCUAAGCUCGAGCCGAGUCCUCUUCCUGACGUUGUGUCAUCAUCCUAUCAUGACGAUCAAGGCACGCAGGAAGGCAAUCGGGGAGAUGGCCAUCGGUCCCGUAAAGGGCCCCAUCUCCCCGAAUCAAAGCUGCGAGGAAUAUUUAAGGGACCAGGUCGGAUAACAAAGAUCGUGGGCAAUGAAGUCUCCAAGGUCGGAGAUCUCAUCUUGAAGAAAGAAGAUCCUGAAUCUCGGAAAUCAUCAUCCGCCACCACAUUUCCAUCAGAUGAUAGCGGUUCUGAUGAAGAGUCUAGGAGUGACAGGAAGUAUGGCUCCAAAGGUCUCUUACGGCGCCUGCCAACAUUUACAGAUGAGCCUGGGCGAUUGACCCGUGGAAAUUCUGAGAAGAAUUCAUCCCGAAGCUUUAUACCCUCCCUACCGACCUUCACAUCACCGCUGCGGCAAGAUGAACGGAGUGAAACAGCAGAUACGACCGAUUUUGGCAGUCCUAACGAGCGAGUUCCUUCUCCACAAAAUUAUGGUUCCCGUGAUUCUCCCAAGAAGUUCGCGCUGCCACGUAGCAAAACGCUUGAUUUCAGCCCUUCUCUACACACGGGACGGACAAAGCGCCACGAGAUCAAAGACUCUUCCAUUCCUUUCAGCUUAGCACGGCCACCUGUCACUGGGCUUGCCAACGCUCGAGCAUCACCAGGGCUUUCUCCGGAAGGAAGACGCCCCGGACUUUCAGGUGCUAGUCGCGCCUGGAGUAUAUCUGGGCGCAGUAUCCGUACCUUGAUUGACACCGGUGUACCUGGUAAACCAGAAGUCGAGCGCACGCGGGCUCUUCUAUUGUCAUCGGGGAUCAAAGCCCGGGAGAUCACUCGCCGAGCCCAUACCUUCCGUGAGCCAGUUCCUCACUGGCUUCAAAGCUCGGUGGGUCCCGGCACAUCUGUUCCACGAGUGACGCGAAUUGGCGAGUUCGACCUCGCUGCUCAAUGUCUCCUCCAGCGUUUCGAGCACACCCAGCACUCGUUCCAACAGUCCAUGCAUCAUUUCUCCACCUCCACCUCGUAUCCCCUGCGGUACCAGCUGAAGAACCUGGAAGACCUAGUCAACAAUUCCCUGACUCCUCGCGUCCGAACCACGGCAAAUGAUGCCGAAGACCUAUGUGUUCAGCUCAACACCACCAGCACACUCGCUGUCAAGCAACUGAGUGAUGCCCUUGAUAAAGGCCUUCGUAAGCGUCGCCGUCGGUUGCGGUGGAUCCGCCGCACUGGAUUCAUGGUUUUGGAAUGGGCUCUUGUUGCUGUGCUUUGGUGGGUGUGGCUGAUUGUCAUGGGUUUCAAGUUUGUACGUGGUGUCUUCCGGGGCGUCUUUACUGGUAUUCGAUGGGUCUUGUGGCUUUGA